GGGCGGCUGGGGCCCGGGCCCGCGCCUCCUCCCCCCGGCGCCCGUGAAGGGGGGAGGAGGAAGAUGGAGACGCACAUCUCGUGCCUGUUCCCGGAGCUGCUGGCCAUGAUCUUCGGCUACCUGGACGUGCGGGACAAGGGGCGCGCGGCGCAGGUGUGCACGGCCUGGCGGGACGCCGCCUACCACAAGUCCGUGUGGCGGGGGGUGGAGGCCAAGCUGCACCUGCGCCGCGCCAACCCGUCGCUGUUCCCCAGCCUGCAGGCCCGCGGCAUCCGGCGGGUGCAGAUCCUCAGCCUGCGCCGCAGCCUCAGCUACGUGAUCCAGGGCAUGGCCAACAUCGAGAGCCUCAACCUGAGCGGCUGCUACAACCUCACGGACAACGGGCUGGGCCACGCGUUUGUGCAGGAGAUCGGUUCCCUGCGGGCCCUCAACCUGAGCCUGUGCAAGCAGAUCACCGACAGCAGCCUGGGCCGCAUAGCUCAGUACCUCAAGGGCCUCGAGGUGCUGGAGCUGGGAGGCUGCAGCAACAUCACCAAUACGGGCCUGCUGCUCAUAGCCUGGGGGCUGCAGCGCCUCAAGAGUCUCAACCUGCGCAGCUGCCGCCACCUCUCGGACGUGGGCAUCGGGCACCUGGCCGGCAUGACCCGCAGCGCGGCCGAGGGCUGCCUGGGCCUGGAGCAGCUCACGCUGCAGGACUGCCAGAAGCUCACCGACCUGUCCCUCAAGCACAUCUCCCGGGGCCUGGCCGGCCUCCGGCUGCUCAACCUCAGCUUCUGCGGGGGCAUCUCAGAUGCGGGCCUCCUGCACCUGUCCCACAUGGGCAGCCUGCGCAGCCUCAACCUGCGCUCCUGCGACAACAUCAGCGACACGGGCAUCAUGCACCUGGCCAUGGGCAGCCUGCGGCUCUCCGGCCUGGACGUGUCCUUCUGUGACAAGGUGGGCGACCAGAGCCUGGCCUACAUCGCCCAAGGCCUGGACGGCCUCAAAUCCCUGUCCCUGUGCUCCUGCCACAUCAGCGACGAUGGCAUCAAUCGCAUGGUGCGGCAGAUGCACGGGCUGCGCACCCUCAACAUCGGCCAGUGCGUGCGGAUCACCGACAAGGGCCUGGAGCUGAUCGCCGAGCACCUCAGCCAGCUCACGGGAAUCGACCUCUACGGCUGCACGCGCAUCACCAAGCGGGGCCUGGAGCGCAUCACCCAGCUGCCCUGCCUCAAGGUGCUCAAUCUGGGACUCUGGCAGAUGACUGAAAGUGAGAAGGUCAGGUGAGGGCGGCGGGGCCGGGCUCCCGGGCUCCCUCCCUCCCUCCCUCCCUCCCGCCCCGUGCCCUGGAUGCAGACUCUCCCGGUGGAGGAAGUUCAUUUUCUCUUCCCUUUCUUGGGCCCAAUGGGGCCCCUUCUGUCUUGGCAUUCGGGGCUGGAAACGGAUCCAGCUUUGUCAUUCCUCUGCUGCACUCAGUCCACCGUGUCCUUCACACUGAGGAUGGGGACAGCCCCAGUCACAUAGAGCCACCCCUUUUUGCAUAGGAAUUGAAGACUGAUUCAGCUGCCUGUACCCCUGCCACCUUGCAUUGAGGAGUGUAGGAUGAAGGAGGGUCAAGUGACUAGUCUCUUUAAACCAGAAGAGUUGCUAAAAAGCUCUGCCUUCACUUAUGCAUUUAAUUGAAUACUGUGAUCUGGUUUUUUAUUUUGAAGUGUAUAAAAAAAACAAAACAACAACAAAAAAAAUAGCAAACCCAGCUACUACAUUCUCUACUUGUGUAACUAA